UUUACUAUGAACUUUGGCUCACUUCCUCAAUUUUGGGGAAAAUGAAAAGUCGUUUGACGUUUUUAGACUUGAGUUUAAAUGAAUGAUUACUGAGAUCCAUACUCUUUUUCGUGUGCUUUCAAACGUGCAUGUGGAAUGAGAGCAGUACAGACUGUCGUCCACAUAAACGGAAGUGGCGUCUCGUCUUGCAAACAUGGAUGAUGGCAGCUUGGGGGAACAGGCUGCCACUACCGACACUUACGCCAGACAAGCCCAAGUUAUAGAGCGCCUCUCCCGGUAUGGCUAUGGCAUGCCGGGUAUGUCCGGUGCUUCUCAGCGGAGGUCAAGGCUGCUGCAUAGGAGGCAGGAAGACAAGAAGGGCAGUGCUGCUGCAGGUCCAGACCGAGCUUCCAUUACACCUGCACUGCGAGGCGGGUUGACCUCUUCUUCCGCACCUACCGGAGAGCAGGACCACCCGUGGGCUCUGUACCCCAUGGAGCACGCAUGGAUGCUGUCAGCCGUGGAGGGCAACUAUGACACGCUACUAGAGUUCGUCUCAGAGGACCCGGUUCUUCUCACUAGGCGGGACUUCAUCAGUGGCUACUCCGUCCUCCACUGGCUGGCCAAGCGCGGCAGAGACGACACCCUCCUCAAGCUCCUACACCACGCCGAGAAGGCAGGCGGUGCUCCGGUGAGCGUGGACGUGCGGGGCAGCGGCGGACUGACCCCGCUGCACGUCGCCAGCAUGCACGGUCACUAUGCGGUCGUCAAGCUGCUGGUGGGGGCUUUCGGUGCCAACGUGGACGCCAUGGACUACAGCGGGAGGAGGGCCUGGCAGUACCUGCGGUCGGAUGCUCCAAUAGAGAUGAAGGAGCUGCUCGGGAUGUGGGAUGACGAGCACACCGGUUGGGGUGCGCCUAAUGCGAAUAACAACAGCAACAACAGCAGCGUCGUUGACGCUGCACCGUGUGAGGAAGUGGACGGACUGACUGACCAGGUCAGCUCGUUCGACAGGACGAGUAGAGGCAGCUGGAGGUUUGGUUCUUUGAAAAGGAUCUUCUCCUUUCGUGGAAACAGACGCUGACCAACAAAUGUUAAUGUUAAUCACAGGUACCGUUAAAUUUGCUUGACUUGAUCCAACGUAAAUAUCUGGGUUGACAUAGCAACAGCACUCACUAGUGUAGCUUGUUUUUCCAGAGUUAUAUUUGGCUGAGGCCACCAAAGCUGACCUCAAAUCAAACAUGAGCUUCAAAUGAGCUGCAUUGCUAUUUCAUGCAAGAAUUUGCUGCGUGGGCAGAUUGAAAAGCCUCAAGAGUUUCUCAUUUUGCAUCAACUCCCCUCCUUGGCCUCCCUGUUGGCUUAGAAACACCGGGCAACACUUAAAGUAGCAGUAAGGAAUACUGUAGUACGUUUUGGCUGCUAAAAGGUCAUAAUUAACUUUACAUAUCUAAAAAUGUUGAAAUACACACAGUCAUGUUAUAGCUUGAUUACAGAUGUUUUAUUGUCAAACCAGAGAAUCUGUACAAAAAACAGCUGCAGCUCCAGAUGACAUGGAGGCCCCCUCCAAAAUAAAAAAGGUGAAGCCCAGCAGCCCGAGGUCCUGGUAGGAUGGAAAGGAGGGACGCUGGAUACAUGGACCAGGUCAGGUUUACAGGCCAAGCUUAGUCCUCCUCCAGUGUCUCCUUUUGGAGUUGUACCUGAAAUCAACAUGCAUGCGUGAUUAUAUUGCAAGCGCUCUCUCCUCAGUAUUCUAAUAACGGAACAAAGAUAUGCAUUCAGUGUUGAGUCCAAACAGCAGCAAACGUUGUGUGACAAUAUCGACUGUCUUAAAUUCUUCUUUGCUUCCACCAGCCGUAAGAAAACAGUGACAGCCAAAUACACAAAAAUUGAGCAGGACAAGCCAUUUUGUUGCAAUCAGCAGUAGUGUUUCAGCAACAGAGGAGCUUCUUCCCCCUCAGAGAAGAAGAUGAUCUCUGAAGCCGAAGUGUACUCUCAGCAGGGUUAAUGACAGCAUUUCACAUCAACGAAGUGCUGCAAUUGCAGACCUGCUUUGCUCCAUUUAAUCCGCCAUAAACAAUGAUGCACUUCAUAAUGGGUGAUUUUUGACUUAACAUGAAACCCUGUUUACUGCCAAGUGUGUAGCUAACCAAUGAAAUCAUGUUAUGGAGCAGCAUGUUAAGCAUAUUUAUUGGCUGCUGUUUAAGUGCAGACAAUCCCGAAUAAGCACUACUGUUUUGAGCAGAUUGAAAAUAAAAAUUAUAUUAGCUUUGAGCAGAGUGAUUCAUUCAAGUCAAAACUUGUGGUAUAUUGACUAUUAAAUGAAUGUUGAUUUCAAUGUAAAAUAAGGCAUUAUAGGAAACUAUGCAUAUGGAACGAAAGCUGCAACAAUCAAUGAUUAAUCAAUUAUCCAACACACUGUCAGUUAUUGCUAUUCAAUUAAUCAUUUUAAUUAAAAAUGCAAAAUAUACUGAUUUCUCCCUCAAAUGUGUUUUUUUCCACUUUUGUAAUAAGCCACCAAGUUUUUUGCCCUACCUGUUGUAUUUUUUUAAUGUUCAUAAAAGAACAGACUUUGACGCUUGUGUUAAAACUCGUAAGAUAAAAGCAUGUUAAAAAGAUGAUUACAAAAGUCCAAUCAUUCCAGACUGAUUAUUCAUAUUCAUAUAAAGUCAUAUUUGCAGCUUUAAAAACUCGCUGAAUCUGUGCACUUAACUUUGAGUGUUUGUGAAAAACUUACCAAAAGCAUGCACACAAUCCUGCAAUAAAGCCUACCUACAUGCAGAUUGAUGAUACUGUGGGUAGGUACCUUCUAUUAGGGGUAGGAGGUAGGUACCUUCUAUUAAAAUCAUUAAUGAAUGAGGGCAAACAGCUAUUGGUUAAUGCCAAUAUAUAAUAGAACUUCAACCAUGAGUUUGACAGGCAAUAACUACUGUUUUCAAUGGCCACUACAGCGUUAAUAACUCUGCAUUAUACGGUGCACGUUCCCACAAGUUAAUGGCAUUUUAAACUUAAGGUAUUUGCAUCUGGAGUGUAAGCCACCAACCUGAUCUUGUUCCCGGUCUUCAUUCUGAUCCACUGAGGAAUGGGCCUGUUCUGUUUCUGCUUCUUAGCCAGGAAGCGUUUGAUCCUGAAAGUCUUGUGGGACGACUAAAACGACACAUAAAACAAGAUACACCCCAUAA